CUCUGGGAAAAAGAGCGAGAGGGCGGGCGGGCUUUCGUUCACUGAGGCGGCGCUGACUCAGCCUGGGCCGAAGGAAGCGCAGGGCAAUGGCGCUGAGCCCCCCCGAGAGGCAGCCGGGCCCGCCUGAGCCCCCGCACCCGCCGCCUCGCCAUCACCACCAGCAGCAGGAGGAGGAGGAGGACGACGAGGCCGAGCUCGACCCCCAGCGGCUGAGUGGCCUGGAGCCCGAGUCGGGCGGGAUUCCGCUUCACUCGCCUUGGACCUUCUGGCUCGACAAAUCUCUUCCUGGUACAACAGCGGCUGAAUGUGCAUCAAAUUUAAAGAAGAUCUAUACAGUACAAACUGUGCAGAUUUUCUGGAGUGUUUAUAAUAAUAUUCCUGCUGUGACAAGCCUGCCUCUGAGAUGUAGUUAUCAUUUAAUGCGUGGAGAAAGACGGCCGUUGUGGGAAGAGGAAAGCAAUGCCAAAGGAGGUGUGUGGAAAAUGAAAGUCCCGAAAGACAGUACGUCCGCAGUUUGGAAAGAGUUAUUGUUAGCAACUAUUGGGGAACAGUUUGCAGACCGCUGUGCCGGAGGUGAUGAAGUAAUAGGGGUUAGUGUCAGCGUUCGUGACCGGGAAGAUGUUGUUCAAGUGUGGAAUGUAAAUGCCUCAUUAGCAAGCGAAGCAACAGUUCUAGAAAAGAUCUAUGAACUUCUGCCACAUACAUCUUUUAAGGCUGUUUUUUAUAAACCUCACAAAGAGCAUCAUGCUUUUGAAGGUGGACGUGGAAGACAUUAACAGUACUGAACUCGUGUUGUAAUAAUUAUUUUUGUGAAGAUCAUCACAGUGAGAAGAUGGACAGUACAUUUUGCAAAAGCACCACAGUCCCCUGGUUAUUUUAGGUCUCUUUCUAUUCACAUGCAAUCGCUGGUGCUCAAAAGGAAAGAGAAUUGCUGCCUCAGUUGCUGAUCAGGAUGUUUCUUUGGACUUCACAACAAAAGAAAAAUCACUGUUCAAAUUACCUUACUGCAUUUUUUUUUUUAGGUGGAAGAUUUUCUUGUUUUUAAUUAGCUUUACUGUACUUAGUUUAAAUGCAAAUAUGCACAGGCAUGAGACGCUGCUUUUCUUAGACUUGCUGUACUUAGAGACCCAUACCGUGGUGUAUUUACUGAACCAUGGAUUUGGCGGGUUUUUUGUGAGCCUUAUUAUGAGACAUUCCUGUCAUGUUAAAAUCUACUCAUAGAUUGUCCUGAGAGAUAUUGGAAAUUUGCACUGUGUUAACUUCUAAUAUAGAAUGGGAGAAAUCCAACAAGAAGAGUUCACUGGAUAUGAAUGGGAGGUUGCACAGUAGCUGUGCUGAGUGCACUGAUUUCAGGGUCAUCUGGUUAUGCACUGAUGAUAACCAUGCUGCAAAAUAAUAAUAAGUUUUAAUAAUCACUCAGCAGAGAGAGAGAGCCUAUAAAGAGAUACUAGGUUUCUGUUGGUACUUCAUUUUAAAUGCUGUGGGGGGCAGGAACCCUUGAACAAUCCUUGGGCUGGUUAAAGCCCGAUGGCAGGCUCCACGGGAACACUUCGCAUCACCAGCAGACUCAAUCAAGUGACUGUGAUUUGCUUCCCCCACAAAUGUGGCAGCCAGUGGUGGGAUUCUAGCAGAAACUCAUUUGCAUAUUAGGCCACACACCCCUGAUGUAGCCAAUCCUCCAAGAACUUACACGGAUUGGCUACAUCAGGGGGUGUGGCCUAAUAUGUAAAUGAGCUUCUGCAGAAUUCCACCCCUGGUGGCAGCCCUCUUUCACUCACUGCCAUUGUCUUCAUUGCAGCACACUGGUUCUUCAGUGUUUAAUUUAAGCUGUUUCUUUCAACACACCUAUUUAACUAAAUGAGUAAACUUUCUGUAGGAAAAGGUGGAUAAUUUUGCAUUAUGUAAGCUUUCUUUUUUAAAAGAACACUCCACUGUGUUCUCGGUUGAAAUAGGAAGUUUCACAGUCGCAUUUUAGCAUACGUUUGCAAAACAGACCUUCAUUCCCCCCUCCCCCCGCACCUGCCCUCCUGUCCAGUUUUCAUAUCAGAUGUGUUCUGCACCAAUUUAAGGUCAGUAUCAAAUCCAUAGUCAUUUUGUUGUAAACGUAACCAGUUCAACUGGAUCUAGUUACAGGCUAUAAUGGCACCUUGUGCCCCCCCCCCCAACUGUAGAGAAACAAGUCAGUUACACUUUGCAGCAUGAAUGUGGAAGUUUCAACAUUAGCUUUUGUGUGUGGUUUUCUUCCCCUUCUUUCCCAUAUUAAUUACUGGAGCUUUCAAUAUGUUUUAUUACAGCACCAAAGAUUUAUUUAGUUUCUCAAGAAGUUGCUGCCAAGUAGGAGGGAAGGCACAUCCCUCUAAGGCAGCAUUAGUAGAUCAGCAUUAGUGUUUGGAAAUUGUUCUGACUGCACUGAUAUCAACCCAUCUGAUCAUAUGAGAGGCGGCCAUCGGAAUUUAAUACAUUUCUAAAGAAAUCAGUUUCCCCCUUUUUAAUUUUUGUACUAGUUCAUCCGUAUUUAUGAAUUAAAACUUGUGCAUUUAACAAGCAUUAUUAAACAACUGUUUUAUAAACUCA